UCGCUUGCGAAAACAUUGACGUCCUCAUUACCGAAAACAACAUCGUUGAUCUAUGACUUCAUCAAUCUUGGCAUACAAACUGUCUUGUAUGUUAUCUACCACAAUCUUCAACCACGCAUUAACACCGUGCUUCUUUGUGCCGACUCGAGGACAUGCUGGAGAUUCCUGGACGAGGCUGCACGCUACGAUUUGAAGUCCAACAGAACAACAGACUUUCGACAUCACUCCAAGUGGAUUGUUCUUGGUCACAAGGAUACUAGGAUUGACACCUUUAACCCGUCUGAUUAUCUCGAGAAUGUGGCAUUCUUUCAGUUUAAGGCAAGGCUGGCAAUUUUAUAACAUGUCUAACCAUAAUAUACUAAUCCAGUAUUGAUAUAGGGUAUUUUUUUAUACAUAACAUUAUUCGUGAAUAUGACUUAAAGUAAAACCAGAAAGGCUUAAGUCUAUCAGUAUCCAUGUCUACCGUUUUGUUUACACAUAAAAGCAAUAUGGAAUAUGUACAUACAGGGUUGCUAUGCGCCAUUAUUGACAUCAUGGGUCUUAAUGGCAUAUCAAUGUAUAUUGAAAUUACACAAUGAAGUUGCAUGGCAUUGGUUUCCGUCUGUGGUGUAACGGUACAUUUAAAUAGUUUAAGUCAUGUUCUUUACAUUUCACAUAAGGCAAUAUCAAAUCUGACAUUGGGUACACUGCACAUAUGUUUACAAUGCAAACCUGCCCAUGCGUGUGGCAUGAUUAUGUAACAUCAUCCUUGCGUAUGUAAUUCGUGGUGUCAAGGGAAUAACUUCUCAUAUUUACAAUUAUAUAUCCUACGCACUGUUAUAUAGAACCAAAUUUGUUAAUAUAGUUAAAAUUGUGUGCAACAUCGCUGUCACAUGUACUAUAGGCCUGGGACCUCUUAAGUGCUUGAAUUAAGAUUGAUUGAUUGAUGUGAUAUUUACAAUUACUUCGUGUAUGCUGCUUGACAUUUAAGGAUUCAAGAUGUGAACGGGUUUAUGUAUACACGAUUCAUAACACCAUGGGAGAACACAGAUUCCUAGAUGUAUCAACUCUGUCAUACACAGAGACGAGUCUGUUUCCCAACAUGAAAUAUGGAUACAACAACAGAACAUUGGUUGUUUCAACCUUACCGGUAAGCCUAUCGUUUGCUUGGGCUGUGCAAAACGAUUAUGUAUGAUAAGUAUUAAUCAAUUUACUAGGAUUGAUAGCGUAGAUCCCCGUGAAAAUCGGGUGGAUACAAUGUGCUGCGGCGAAAUAGCUUUCACUCACUUUCUGGAUCGGUUUCCCCUUUUGUAUAUAUUUAUUUUUAAUUUAUAGACACCCUUUCAACCAAAUCUUUCCUUCUGUUCAUAUACUAAUGGAUAUCCUUGUAGUCUCUAGGAAAUCUGGAGAUGGAAGUAGUGGGGACAAGGGUUUCCAUUUCCGGACCUAUAUCCGACAUUCUUCAAACUUUGGCAAAGACACUAAAUUUCAGCUACGUCAUCAGACCCCCAGCUGACAAGCAAUGGGGCGUUGAGGUCGAUGGGUUAUGGGACGGCAUGGUAGGACAACUACAGAGAAGAGAUGUUGACUUUGUAGCAGCCGACUUAAGUGUCCACGAAGACAGAACUGCUGUCAUGGACUUCAUCAUGCCUCCAAUAAUGUAUAGCUACGUUGAAGUGAUGUACAAGAAGGUUGACGACGAUGUCGAUCAGUGGCUGCUCCUGGCUAAACCAUUUAAGCUUGAAGUAUUUCUCCUUAUCUUUGCAUGUGGAAUACUGUUUUCAAUUCUCUACAGACUUACUCAAAGUGGAUCUAAAUUUGAAAUAUCGAACUGUCGUUAUUGGUAUGAAAUGCUGUGGUUCACAAUCUCAACUAUACUGAAGCAAGACAAGCCAGAUUGUGAGAAGAGACAGGCGCCGACGUCCUACGGAAGUAAACUGCUUCUUGGGUUCUGGUUGUUGUUCUUGGUUGUCAUUGUCUCGAUCUAUUCGGCUAACUUCGUAGCAGCAAUAUCAGUCAAGAGACAGAAGCCACCAUUUGCAAACCUAAUGGAACUGGUAGAGAGGGAGGACUACACUCUGGGAAUGCCCAUCGAGGGUGUGAAUUAUGAACUAUUUAAGACCUCGCCCAGAGAGGAUGUACGAAAAGCCUGGACAAGAAUGAAGAAAGAAAAUGAAACAAACCCUUUCAUAAUGUCCACUGAUUACGAUGCACAUGCAAGAAAAGCUGAGACAGGCAAACACGCCGUCUUUAUGUAUACUAGCCAAAUUCGGAUAUACAAACAGGAGGACUGCAGACUAGCAUCUCUUGAAGAAAAAGUCAGCUGGCAACAGAGCGCAUUCGGCGUACCCUUGCAGUCGCCAUUGAAACAUGAUCUGGAGCAUGUCAUGUCAUUCCUUGUCCAGGCAGGAAUUAUACAGAACAUCAUCAACAGUCGGGACCGGUUCCCAGGCCAAAAUAACAAGACUUGCAUACAUGGCGACACGGUCAAGGCAAUAGUAAUUACAGAUUUACUUGGAUGUAUCGUCGUCGUUGGCGCAUUCGUUGGACUAUCUUUACUUGCAUUAGUUUUUGAGUUAAUGUUCUAUAGACUGCCACGAUUUCGUAACACAAAGGCUGAUUUUAUUUCAUAAGCUACUCAAUGGUUUACUUAGUUCACAGAUGCUAUCCAACAGCAUGGUAGAAAUGCAAAUCAAGAAAAUAACAUCUGUUGGUUAAACUCAUCUUUAAAAAGCCUAUGCACACAUGCAUGAAUAUAAGCGUUUUGAAUGUGUUCGAAGUCUUUUCACAUUCAUCAGAAAUCUCUGCUUAACGCAGAAUCGAUUAUUCGAUUCCGACAAUAUCACGAGCAUGUGUUUAGGAAUCGA